AUGGAUUGCCCCCAUCCAUCUGCUUCCUCAGAGUUGAAAACCCUGGGUUCCUUCUUCAAACCACAGAAAUCAAGAAAACCCAAAAUUGUUCCUCAAACUUCUAGUUGUGUGUUUAGAGAUGAGCUAGACAAGAAGCCGCCGCCACCACACUGCAAGAAAGCUAAUAAGAAGCAAGUCAAAUUUGAUUUGAAGCCAUCAGAACACCAAAGCGCAGAUCCAGAAUACGGUUCCGACCGCCGCCGCCGCGAGAGGGAGAAUAACGGCGGCGGCGGCGGCGGAGGAGGGGUGGUGAGAGUGAAGGUGUUGAUGAGGAGAGAAGAAGCGAACAGGUUACUGUCAAGGUGUGGAGAAGGAGGGGCUCUUACGUUCAUGGAUGUUGCUGAUGAGCUUAAACAUAUUCCCCUCAAUCACAUUACAGUGAUUUCUUCUUCUCCUCCUUCUUCUCUUUCUGUUUGCGAUGAUAAAGGCGACCAGAGUUCUGGUCGCCUUCUUUCUCCGUGAAGAAGGCGACUAGAUCAGAAGGCGGCCAUUCGCCGAAGAUGGCGACCGGCGACGAUUCGGUCGUCGCCGGUGGCCGGAAAAUCCAAAUGACCGGUUAUAACAGGUCAAUUACCUGUUCGUAGGCUUCAUUGACUUAUUUUGACAUGUUUGAGGGUCUAAUUGCAUGUUUUAAAAGUUCAUGGACCUAAUUGACUUCUUAUGAAAUGUUCGAGGGCCUAUUUGACCCUUUUCCCUAUAAAUAAUAGUUCAAA